UCAGAUAAAAAUCUACUGCAAUCCCCUCUCUUUUAUCUCCCACUUCAAUCGUCCAACUAAAUAAGCCAUAUCUUCCCACUUCAGUCUCAAAUUCAACAUCAUAUAGAAAAAGGUACGUCCUACACAUUUCUCUGAGGCCAUUUAGCACUUGCUUGGUUGUGAAAUUAGAUUGUGGCAAAUCUCGCAGCGGGUACAUGGAAACUUUUCUUUGACUUUUGAAUAAAAAAUGGCUUCUUUACCUCUUGCUUGGAGUAAUGGGUUCUUGAAUGCACAAGAAAAGUUGAAUCUUUGUGUUGUUAAUUCUAAAGUUUAUGUGGUAGAUAGAACUCGAUUAUCGAAGAGUAACUUUGGCCCUGACGCUAGCCCCUUUUCAUUGAGUAAUUGCUGUCGGAAACCGUAUCAUAGAUUGUCAUGUAGCAAUCAAAUUAGGUUAAUUGGAAAUGAGAAGAUAGAUAUUGAUGCUCAGUUGAUUAGAGAAGGAAAUCGGAGGAGGUGGUUUUCUUUGAGAUGGCGCCCUAGGAUAAGGUUACUCUCGAGGAGAUUGAAAAGGGCUUCGAUUAGGUCGAUGCUCGAUGCCCUCGGGAUGUUUCUCCGCAAGAAUGUGAAGAGAGUCACGUUUUGGACUUCUGUAUCUGUUGUUUUGGGGCUGUGCUUUUUGUUCCUUAAGCUAACUGCUAUGCCGAAUCCUAAAGGUGUUCCGUAUUCGGACUUGAUCACGAGCUUGCAGAGUGGGAGUGUGUCCAAGGUGUUGUUUGAGGAGGGUACUCGUGGUAUAUAUUAUAACACGAAGGUGUCAGCUGUGGAAGAUGAGUCGAUGAGUAAGAGUGAGAGCGUGCUUGAGAAUGAGGGCGAUGAGGAUGCUUCACGAAAUAGUGUAGUUGAGAAAAAUAUGCUUGUGAAACUAACGAAACCGAAAAAUGCAUCCCCUGCGUGGGAGUUUUCUACGAGAAAGAUUGAUCACGAUGAGAGCUACCUUCUUAGUUUGAUGAGAGAGGGGGGGAUUUCGUAUGGCUCAGCACCUCAAUCAGUACUUAUGUCGAUGAGGAGUAUCUUGAUCACAGUUCUUACUUUGUGGAUUCCUUUGACUCCUUUGAUGUUUCUUCUCUAUCGUCAACUUUCUGCUGCCAAUAGUCCUGCCAAGAAGAGAAAACCUAGCAACCAAUUGGUUUGCUUUGAAGAUGUCGAGGGUGUUGAUGCUGCCAAGGUGGAGCUUAUGGAGGUAGUGUGUUGCCUCCAAGGAUCAAUUAACUACAUUAAAUUGGGUGCCAAGUUGCCCAGAGGUGUGUUGCUCGUGGGCCCUCCAGGAACAGGAAAGACUCUACUUGCCCGUGCUGUUGCUGGAGAGGCAGGAGUACCAUUUUUCUCUGUUUCCGCUAGUGAAUUUGUUGAAUUAUUUGUUGGAAGAGGGGCUGCCCGCAUAAGGGACCUUUUCAGUGUUGCAAAGAAGAAUGCACCUUCGAUUAUUUUCAUUGAUGAACUUGAUGCAGUAGGUGGAAAGCGUGGAAGAAGCUUCAAUGAUGAAAGAGACCAGACACUGAACCAGUUGCUGACAGAAAUGGAUGGCUUUGAGUCGAACAUAAAUGUGGUUGUUAUUGCUGCAACAAAUAGACCAGAAGCCUUGGAUCCAGCUUUGUGUCGACCUGGCCGGUUCUCCAGAAAAGUAUACGUUGGAGAGCCGGAUGAAGAAGGGAGGAAAAAGAUUUUAGCUAUACAUCUAAGAGGAGUUCCUCUCGAGGAAGACUUAGGCUUUAUUUGCAACCUAGUUGCAUCCCUUACCCAAGGCUUAGUUGGGGCUGAUCUUGCAAACAUUGUCAACGAAGCUGCCCUCCUUGCCGCUCGCAGAGGGGCAGAAUGUGUAUCGAGGGAAGAUAUCAUGGAAGCUAUAGAAAGAGCAAAAUUUGGAAUAAAUGACGAGAGACAGAGAAAUCCAAAUACGAUAAGCAAGGAACUCGUAAAAAUAUUUCCUUGGAUGCCUUCUCUUAUGAAAAGAAAUGAUAAUUGGAGAGAUGGGGGUCAAGGGCUAGGCUAUCAAACUUUGAGCUAAGUAGUCUGUUUUUUAGCAUCUUCUUACGUGUUUGUGGAAUCGAAAAACAUGUUUUUGAGUGCACAAUCUUCACAUCUGUACUAUUAUAUCUUUAGCACUCUCUCGUGAUUUGGCUUCAAGAAAGGGUCAUCGUCUUUGUUGCUAUUCUCAGAAGGUUAGCAUCUUCAUCGGAUUGGUAAUAUGUCGAUUUCAAUUCGUUUAAUGAUUAGUUGUGUUUCUGGUUGAACCUGUAAUCGGGAUUAUAAUGACGAUGAGUGAUGCACAUUUUCCUUUGAAUUA